AUGAAUGCUUCAACCAAGCUUGGAAUAGUUCUCAUCGUUAUCUUCGCAACAUGUCUUUUAGCUCUUCUUAUUGAGCUGAUUUACGUCUUUUGGCGAAAACGAAGCUUCCGUCAACGCAUCGUCGUAAGUGGCAGCACCCAUUUCGUUGACUCGGAGUUUUCGAAUUCACCUUUUUAUGCUGCUCCUUCUAAGGAACUUCUCUACUUCUUCUGCUGGAAAAACCAGCCAGCCCGUGUGGAACCCUCGCCUGGGGUUGUUUCAACGACUCCAACGGAGGCUGCCACGGCAGCGGAUUCGGAGGCAGCCGCCGCGGAGGAAGAUGAGGACGAGUUGGCGAAGUGGCAGGCGGUGUACGGACAGUCUAGGCUUUUGUAUACGAUCAAAGAAGAGGAAAGAGAAGGAGCUGACAGCGUCGAGAAUUCAGCUGAUCAGAGUGAAGCGAAAAGCGAGAAGCGGGUUUGUUUGAGGGACUGCUUUUCUGGUGGGGCCGAAAUGGCUGAUGACGUCUCUCUUGUAGUUGAUGUGGAGGAAGAAGCGACGCCGUUCUCAACCCCGUGUGCAUCGCCUUCUUACUUCACUCCUUCACCUUCUCCUGAUCGUGAAGUUGCGAUUUUGAUAUUGCCACCGGGAAAUGAUGACGUAAUCUCGCCACGGAGUGACGUUUCGACAGAAAGGAAAGUCGGGUUUCUGAGUUUAAGAAUCGAAGGCUAG